CCCCGAUAUUUCGUUAAUGUGCAUCACGGUGGCUUGAAACUCUCCCGUGAAUUGUGGUUCACGUGAUUUGCAUCGCAAACGCUCGGCGGUUCGAACCGUCGUUCAUCAGCACGCACGCACGUACGCACGCGCUCACGCGCACGCACAAACAUGGCGGCCUCUGUUUCACCGCUACGCUCCUCCUUCAGGAUGUGCAGCCCGUUCCCGUUCCCCCAUCACUGCAGCCGGGCCGGGCCGCGGGCGCGCAGGAAGGAGGGUCAGCGGAGACACGUCCACCAGUCCGCCGCGAGGCACGCCGCCGUGGUCAUUUCAGGGGCCGAGUUGGCUCGACAGCUCCACAGAGAAAUCCAGCGUGAUGUGGAAGAGCUCGUAGCUCAGGGCAACAUGAGACCCCACCUGGGCGUGGUCCUGGUGGGGGACCACCCGGCCAGUCGCACCUACGUGAAGAACAAGACCCGGGCCGCCAGCAUCCUGGGUAUCUCCAGCGACACGGUGGUGCGGCCGAGCUCGGUGUCCCAGAAGGAGCUGCUGGAGCUGAUCGACAAGAUGAACCGCGACUGGAGGGUCAGCGGCCUGCUGGUGCAGCUGCCGCUUCCCGAGCACAUCAACGAGCGGGCGGUGUGUAACGCCAUCGCGCCGGAGAAGGACGUGGACGGCUUCCACAUCGUGAACAUCGGUAAGCUGUGUCUGGACCAGAGGUCCAUGGUGCCCGCCACACCUGCAGCAGUCUGGGAGAUCAUCAAAAGAGCAGGCAUUGAGACGGUGGGGAAGAAUGUAGUGGUCGCCGGCCGCUCCAAAAAUGUUGGAAUGCCCAUCGCAAUGCUGCUGCACACCGAUCGCAAGCAUGAGCGUCCCGGGGGUGACGCCACGGUGACCAUCGCCCACAGAUGCACCCCCAGGGAGCAGCUGAAGGAGCUGACCAGCCUGGCCGACAUCAUCAUUGCAGCUGCAGGGGUCCCCGGGCUGAUCACAGCAGACAUGGUGAAAGAGGGCGCGGUGGUCAUCGACGUCGGCAUAAACCGCAUCCAGGACCCGAACACGGGGAAACUGCGGCUCAUCGGCGACGUGGACUUUGAUGGAGUGAAGGAGAAGGCCGCUUUCAUCACGCCGGUUCCCGGAGGCGUGGGGCCGAUGACCGUCGCCAUGCUGAUGAAGAACACUGUGACCGCGGCCAGAAACGCACUGAUGCAUUAAACACACACACGUUUGUGUGUGUGUGCGUGCACACACACACAAACAUGUGUAUCAGUUUGUUUAGUUUUACACACAUUUUAUCAGACAUAUUUUUAUUUUUAAAAACCACAUGUUCAAAACUUCCAAGUUCCAACUACAUGCUGGGAAACUUACUUGAUACGUACUUCGUUUAAACCUCGAAUGUUAUUAUUUAUGGAUUUAAUUUAUUGCUUUCACUUUUUAAGAAUUUAGAUUCAUAUUUUUUCUACUGUUGUUUUGGUUGAACAUUCCAGAUGCUCUGGAAAAGGAAUAUUAAAUGAUAAAUAAUGCCGUG